AUGAAUGUUACCACGAGGCCGAGGUAUCACGUAGUAACGAUCGUUUAUCCGCCAUUCGUCAUGUACAACAGCAGCAGCCGUAUUUUUUACGGCUACUGCAUCGAUCUUCUGAACGCGAUGGCACGAAUCUCGGAAUUUGAUUAUAGCAUAAGAGAAUCUAGCGGCGAUAAGGACGCCGGCCAUGUGACCGAGGCAAACAAAUGGACCGGUAUGAUGAGAGACUUGACGAACUAUACGGCGGACUUCGCCGUAGCUCCGUUGUGGAUGACGUAUUCUCGGCGACAGGCAAUAGACUACACUAUUCCGUUCUACAAGAACAACGGCAUCGCGAUCAUGAUGCAAAAGCCCAAAGAUACCAUCGCGUUUUGGUUUUUUCUCACGAUUCUCGAUUACGAGGUCUGGCUGAACUUCGCGGUUGCGUUUCUCGUCACAUCGAUCCUGAUGUACGUAUUCGGGCGUUAUUCGCCCCUCAGACGCAAAAACGCGGCCGAGAACCACAAGCCGGAUUCGCGUUUUACGAGUCUGAGAGAUUGUUUUUGGUUCUGUCUGACAUCGAUCACUCCGCACAACUGCGGUCCGUUACCCGAGAAUCCGUCCGGUAAAUUAGUGGCCGCCGUCUGGUGGUUGUUUGUGUUUGUCAUUGCGGCAGUGUACAAUGCGAAUCUUGGCGCAAAUCUGACGCUGUAUCAGUUGGAACGGCGUAUCGAGACGAUCGACGAUCUCAGGAGACAGUAUCAGGUCGAAUACUCGACCGUCGUCAACUCGCCCACCUACAAAUACUUCGAGAGUUUGAAGACCAACGAAGAAUUUUUGUCCGAUCUGUGGAAGCAAAUGAGUCUGAACAAAAGCUUAUCGGAGUACGAAAAGACGAAGCUAGCUGUCUGGGAGUAUCCGGUCGAGGAGAAGUACACGAAGAUUUACAACGCGAUGAAGAAUACAGGCUUUUUCGCCGAUCUGCAGGAGGCCGUAAACAGCGUGCGAGAAAUAAAUCGCACUCGGCAAUUCGCUUAUGUGGGCGAAGCGAUGCGGAUUCGAUAUCUCGUAAUGACGAAUUGCGAUUUGAGGCAAGUGGGCGAGGAAUUCGGCAAGAUGCCCUUUGCGUUCGCCGUUAAAAAAGGAUCGCCGUUAAAGAGCAUGCUCGACGAUGCAAUUACGCGAGCUACGAUUCGAGGAAUGUCGUCGAAAUUGGAAGAGAGGUGGUGGGACAAAAAUCCAGCCAGAGCUCGGUGUGAUACUAACAACAAAAUUGAAUGGGGAUUUACGCUUGAUGAUAUGGCGGCGAUAUAUCUACUCAUUUUCAUUGGAAUAUUUUCCGCGUGCGUUGUAUUAGCUCUGCAAUAUUUCUGGCAUAUUGGGGUUUGGUGUUUUAACCGCUAA